AUGUCCUCCAACGCCGUCGCCAACCUCACCCUGCCGCUGCUCUCUGGCAACGCGGCGUGGGCGGCGCAGAUGAAUGCCACCAACUCGACAUUCCUGCCCACGCUCGCGGAAGCGCAAGCCCCGCCCGUCGUCUGGAUUGGGUGUGCCGACUCUCGUGUGCCAGAGAGCGUCAUCACCAACCAGCUCCCAGGACAGAUCUUCACCACUCGCAAUAUCGGAAACCAGUUCCAUACCAACGACGACUCGGCCCAGGCCGUCGUCGAGUAUGGCAUUGGCCACCUGAAUGCGUCGAACGUCGUCGUCGUCGGCCACACCAACUGUGGUGGUGUCAAAGCCGCUUAUGCCGCCGGCGCACCUACAGCCACCGACUCGUCGAGCCACGCCCACGCCACAGAGCCCGAGUCCUCCGACACCUGCUCUCGCCGCCGCAGCUAUUUCGCCCGCUCCGCCUCGGAGAACAGCACCGAGGAAGCCGAGGAAGCCAACGACCCUCUGAACAACUUCCUUGCGCCGCUCAUUGACCUGCGCCGGGCACUGCCGCCCAACGCGACCGUCCUCGACCUCACCGUCGCCAAUGUCCGGGCUGGCGUCAUCCACGUUGUCAACUCGACGACGAUCCAGGACGCCUGGGCUGCUGGUCGCGAAGUCUGCGUCCAUGGUUGGCUCUACGACCUCGCCUCUGGCCUGAUCCAGGACCUGGGCUUCACCACGUGCUCCGACUCGACGGUCAACUAG